CGCAGCUCGUCCACUCACUUCAGAGAGGGCGGCGGCCAGGCGCAACUCACACGGAACCAGUCAAGCUGCAGCAAUUCUCAGCAAGGGUCAACAUCUUUACCUCGGCGCUAAGCCAGUCACUGCGCCGCUUCGUAGCAGGCAGCAGUGGCACUGAGCUGCAUAUCGUGAGCAGGAGCCGGGCCAAGAGAGCGGUAGCCAGCAACAUGCCCGUCUCGGACGACGGCAGCAGUCGCCCAAGCAGCGCAUUGGGUGGAGCUGGAGGCUCGGUUGGCCCAGCAGUUGCGGAGGCGUCCCCUCCAGAGACGCACAUUCCACUGCUGGACGACUUUCCUCCGACAGGCACACCCGAGCACACCAAGCUUGGCGGAUGGGAUCUGUGGAAAUCGAUGGGAUCGCCAAAGAGAGUGGUGGCGCCCAUGGUCGACCAGUCCGAACUCGCUUGGCGCGUCCUUUCCAGGCGGCACGGUUCUGAUUUGGUGUACACGCCCAUGAUCAACGCGCGAGCUUGGGUCGAUGCUGCCCGAGCUACGGCAGCAAAGAGCUACAAGGAGGCCAACUUCAACAGGCUGCUCGGAGAGGAGGGCUCGAAUGCGGUGAAGAGCACAGCAGCGGAAGUCAAAGUCGACACUGACAGACCUCUGAUCGUUCAGUUUUGCGCAAACGAUGCUGAUGCGCUAUUGAGCGCUGCAAAGGACGUCGAGGCGCACUGCGAUGCUGUGGAUCUCAACCUGGGCUGUCCUCAGGGCAUUGCUCGGAAGGGCCACUACGGCGCCUUUUUGCAAGAAGACUGGCCACUCAUCUUCAGACUCAUCAACAAUCUCCACCUCCGCUUGCGCGUAGCAGUCACUGCCAAGAUGCGAGUGUAUCCCAAUGUUGAGAGGACCAUUGCGUAUGCCCGGAUGCUGGAGAGAGCGGGCGCGCAAAUCAUUACCGUGCACGGCCGUACUAGAGACAUGAAGGGUCAAAAGACUGGUCUCGCCGAUUGGAACAAAAUUCGUGCGGUCAAGGAGGCUGUCGGUGUGCCAGUCAUUGCCAAUGGAAAUGUGCUGUUCCCUGCGGAUGUCGAGGAAGCGCUGCGAGUGACGGGCGCAGAUGCCGUCAUGUCCGCGGAGGGCAACCUGUACACGCCGACCAUUUUUGCCGACGCGCCCAGCUCUCCCUCGGCUCUGUAUCCUCUUGCACCCAGACUGCCAUUUCCCGACAUCGUAGUGCUAGCGCGAGAGUAUCUGGACAUCGUAGCGACACUCAAAACCCCCACUGCUGUCUCUGCCAUUCGGUCACACCUCUUUCGACUGUGUCGCCCAGCCUUGGAAGUGCAUCGCGACAUGCGAGCGGAUCUUGGGCAAUCUCGGCCGAGCGGUAAAGAUCACAAAGCGACUGGCGAGGCGAGAGUGGACGGCUUCCGCGCCUUUGUGGAUGCCUUAGAAGAAAGACUCUCUCCCGACCGGACGAAUCCGAAUUAUCUGGAAGCACCAGCGAUACCCCGGUACGGCUCGACGCCGUUGAGGCCAGAGGGAGCGUCAGCACUGGCUGAGGGAACAACGGACGAAGCCCGACCGACAUACGUUCCUCAUUGGCUGGCCCAGCCAUACUUCCGGCCCGAAAAUCCUGUAGCCGAAGAGCUGACACCGGAACAGAAAGCAGCGAAUGCAGCAGCAAGGGCCGUGCGGAAGGCGGAGGCGAUGGCCAAGGAUGCUAAGAGGCUUGGCAGGUCGCAUGAGGGCAGUGCAGCCGCAUCAACCUCGUCGGUGGCAACCGCCGACAGCGCUGCGACACAGGACAGGCCGGUAAAGACGAGGGACAUUCAAGCUGCUGGAGAGGCUGCUGCCGAUGGCUCGUCUGCGAUCAUCGAAAUCGUCAGUGAUGAUAUGCAUGGCACGCGCCAGCAAGCUGAGGUGGGACCAUCAACAAAACGAGCAGGCGAGGCGGAAGGCGGAGUCCUGGCUCCCGGCGAAGAUGAUGCUCCUCUCUCCAAAAAGCUCCGUGUGGGUUGACGUGACUGACUACGUUUCCGUGCUUCUAUCUGGAUGAUAUCAAAUCCCAGAUCUCUUCCAUGCAUUGUAUCCUACCGACCAUCCCAGACUCGCUGCCGAGCGCAACACGCAAUCUGACAUUUUGUUCUGC